UGUGCUGUACAUUAAAUGAAAGGUGUCAUUACGAAGUAUAUAUAAUAGGUUGAGCAAAAACAAGUGUUCACCUUUGUUAUGUCGUCUGCUACUUACUACAGUGUGUCCCAACCAGGAAGCUUCUAGCUAUUGCAAAACUACAACACCCAGCAUGGCCGGACAGCCAAAGGCUGUCCGGCCAUGCUGGGUGUUGUAGUUUGGAAACAGCUGGAGGCACUCUGCUUGGGGAGCAAUGACUUACUACAACUGGUGGAGUUACAAAGUAGUGUACAAUAUAUAUAUAUCCAGUGAAGUGAAGUAUAAAUGCAUGACCGCCACAGCUAACAGCAUCCGCUAGGGGGCGUAGGUCGCUAGUAAACAUCCCCAGAUAUGAAAAGUUCUUUACAACUUCUCUCACGGACUGUCCUGACCUCUCCGGUGAACUAUAUCGGUCUUCAUAAGGGAAUUAGAAACACAUAAAAAUAAUCUCCGUGCGUUGUCUACGGAACACAGAGUGCAAACGCCCUUGACAAAAAUGGCGCUCUCUGACAGACCAGAAACUUCAUUUCCCAUGACCCUCCGGGAUGGGGAAACUCCAUCCCAGUCUCCUCCGCGGCACUCGGGCUCCCCCUGCUGAUUGCAGCUAACUCCGUUUUGACAGGAGCCGGUGACAGGGGGCGGGAGAGACGGCCGAGAGAGGUGAGCAGACGGCGGGGAUCUAAGGCUGUCGUCGGGCACAAUCACCGAUCACAUUGGGAAUUUCUAUAAAGCUCCAGAGAGAACGCGACUGUCAGGCGAAAAAGUUACCUUUCACCAUGGCAUCAAGAAUUGGACUUCGUAUGCAGCUGAUGAAAGAACAGGCUCAGCAGGAAGAGCAGCGUGAACGGAUACAGCUUCAACAUCAGCAACAUUUCAUGCAGCAUCACGUAAUGCCUUCUACGUCUUCACCUGCCAUCAACACACCAGCUUCUUUCCAGCCUCCACCACCAGUUCCUAUGGAAGUCUUGAAGGUUCAGACCCACCUGGAAAAUCCGACCUCUUACCACUUGCAGCAGUCUAGGGACAAGAAGGUUCGAGAUUACCUAUCUGAUACUUAUGGGAACAGAUUUGCCUCCCAGAUAAACCCACUCAGACUGUCUCCAAAACCCCCUCCUGCUCCAUCUUCUCCUGCACACCGCCCGGCACGCCUUUCAUCCUCUGCUGGAAACAGUGCACCUAACAGUCCUAUGUCCAGAAUGAACUUGUGCUCCAACACGGAAAGAGAAAUGGAGGAUGUCAUUGACAACAUCAUAGGUCUAGAUGACAUGUUUGUGUACACAGAACCUGCCCUUUCCAUGCCAAACACGCUGCCAUUUUCCAGUAGUCACUUAGGGCUGUAUGGUGAUAAUUCGCGGCUCAGCGAUACUGUUGUAGGUGUCACAAGCAAUUCCUGCCCUGCGGAUCUACCGAUCAAGAGAGAGAUUACAGAUGCUGAGAAUCGCGCCCUUGCACGUGAACGUCAAAAGAAGGACACACAUAACAUGAUUGAAAGACGAAGGCGAUUUAACAUCAACGAUAGGAUAAAGGAGUUGGGCACUUUAAUUCCAAAAACAAAUGACCUGUACGUUACAUGCAGUGAUACCCGCUGGAAUAAAGGCACCAUUCUAAAGGCAUCAGUGGACUAUAUCAAGCACAUGCAGAAAGAGCAGCAACGGAGCCGUGAAGUGGAAAACCACUCCAAACAUCUGGAACAAGCAAAUAAGCAGCUGUGGCUUCGGAUCCAGGAACUAGAAUUGCAGGCACAGGCACAUGGCCUCCCCACAAGUUCUCCUCAAAGUAUGAACCCUGUUGAGGCAAUAAAGCACGAACCUGAAGCAAUGCACCAACUCACAGUCCCACAGCAGGCAACAUACCAACAACAGAUGGACUUUUCUUCAGGUCUUGGUUACCAAAGCAGUGCCUGUGCAGACAACUCUUUCCCUGCUCUCUCUAGGACAGAGCUAGACCUCAUGCUGAUGGAGGACACUAUGUUAACUUCUGAUCCCAUGAUAACUUGCGACCCUCUCCUCUCAACUCUUUCUCCUGGCACUUCAAAAGCCAGUAGCCGACGAAGCAGCUUCAGCAUUGAUGACGUAGAUGGCCUGUGACAUUAAAAACUAGGAGUAGUAAACCUAUGCUACCCUGUAGCAUAAAUGGACCUAACUAAAACACAACUGUGUAAAAUAACUGCCUUAUUUAUGGGACAGUUUAGCCAGAAGGUCACAACUAAAUUCUAUGCACAACAACCUAGAAAAAAUUCUGUGCACCGUCAUUAUGUGCAGAUAUACCCAAACUGUAUUAGUGUGCAGAAAAACCAUUGACCUUGAUGGAUUCUUCUUAGUAGAGUGAGCAUCACCAUGCUGUCAUCAGACUACCAAAAGAAGUACUCAACUGCUACAUGCCUGCAUGGAUUAGCACAAUCUUACACCAUUUUAUACCACUGCCUUAAUAUGCAAGACAUAUUUGCCAAGAAACUAGAGUGCCUUCACAUGUUGAGCAGAGCCAGACCUAUGUGCAUAUAUAUAUAUAUUGGUCAAAAUGAGUGUGGUAAAGAAUUUAGUGUAACACUGGGAUUGUAAUUUCUAAAUUAAGAAUAUGAUUAGGAAUUAAUGGCAUAGUGUGUGGUUGUGUGGGAUUGUGAAUACUACACAAGUUGCACAUAUAUGUCAUGUUGUAUAGGUCAUCGUCAGAAUGUAAAUAGUGUGUGUGUGCACACUUGGGGGGAGAUUUAUCAAAACUUGUGCUUAAAAAUGUUGACCAGUUGCCAAUAGAAACCAAUCAAAUUUCUUCAUUUAUUUAUCAGAGGCCUUUUUAAAAAUAAAAGAGGCAAUCUGAUUGGUUGCUAUGGGCAACUGGUCAAAGAUUUUGAUAAAUCUCCCCCAUGGUCUUUACUUAUUCAGUGAAUGACUGAAAUUGUUCUUUGCCAGGGUUUGUAUUGAGCAAAACUACACAGGACCUAUUAUGACAUAUAGACUUGUUAAGCCUUUUUCAUAACCGCUUUUGUAAUGUUUCUAGCUAAUAAGUAUCUGCUGGGAUUGUAUAACUGCUCAGGGUCACAAGUGCCUUAAUGCUUCUACCUGACUGCAAAAUUCUGUGAUAGUCUCAGAACAGCCUUUUUCUUGUCUUCAUGGGUGUUUGAUAAAAUAUAUUGAAGGACAUUUGUCAUCGUUGCUUUGGUAAGCAAGUUCUGUAGGAAUUUUUUAUUUAUUUUUUGCUUUAGUUUUGCCUAUGUAUGGCACAUUUAUCAUGCGAUCACAGGGGGUUGAUAAAUUUGGCUCACAUAAGCAAAAACCAAUAAAUCACUUUUGAAUACCAUUUUUUUAGCACACAUAAGCAAAAACCAAUAAAUGACUUCAGAACACAAAUUUGCAGAUUUGAAAAAAAUAUGCGAUAUAUAUGAGUUUAUUACAUUUUGUUAACCACUUUUUUUCCCCUAAAUGUACUAACUCAUGUACUUAUUUUUUUUACUUCUCAUUUCAGAUUCGUGUAUCCUGUGGAUUACUUAAGAUUUGGAGGACUAUGGUGACCAGUGUUUUUUUUAUUUAAUGUUAAUAAAAUGGUUAACGAGGGCUUUUGGCAGAGUGUUUUUUUGGAAUCAUUUUUUUUUAAACAUGUGGUGUUUUUUAUUUUAUUUACUUUAC